CGGUGGUGCCAUACACUGCUGUGUGCUGCAUCCCAACCAAGCCGAGGUCUUGUGUGGUGAUGCUAGUGGUCGGGUCGCUGUGUGGGAUCUCACGGCUAACAGGGUGCGCUAUGGAGUUGCUGAUGAUCACAGGCUCCAGACUGUGGCAGUUUAG